UGGGACAUUUUCACCUCUGUUUGAUCUCACAAUGACUGAUUGCUCGAGCCUUGUCGUGUGACAUUGUCACCAUCUUUGACCUCCGCUUGGAAUAGACGGAAGACAAACAACAAUAUCAACAUGGCGUCGGCCAAGGCCGCUUUGAAGUCUAUCAAAGCCUCCCUGGAUGCCGGUCAUUUCGACAAGGCGGCUGAGCAGGCUGAAGACCUACUUAAACAAGAUGACAAGAACCACACCGCUUUGUUGUUUCUCGGCUUCGCCAAAGAAAAGGCCGGCGACCUCGAAGCGGCGGAGAAAGCUAUCCGCAGAGCUGCAGAUCUAAAGCCCAAAGACCUCCAAGCAUACAAAGGCCUGGUCACAUUGUACGAAAAGCAAGGCAGCGCAAAGGUCGACCAGUACCACGAUGUCGCAUUUAAAUUGGCAGAGAUCUAUGCUCAACAGGAGGACAGGGUUCAAUGUCAGAAUGUCAUCGACAAAUAUGAGCUCUUUGCCAAAAAGCACGGAAAUAGAGCGCAAUACCGACGUGCGUUGGAGCUCAUCCUGCCAACAUCAAGUCUUUAUCCAAUACUCGAGGGUCGCGUCAUGCAGCCCAGUCUUGCAUAUCAACGUAUCCUCGAAUCAGCAGAAGCAGAAGAGAAAGAAUGGAUCAAUACACAAAUUGGGGAGAGGAGAACGCGACUUGGAGCAAGGAUCGAGCAGGUGACCCGUCAAGUCAAAGCUGAAGCCAUCAGCAGAUUUAACAUCGAGGAAAGAUAUGCAGCCCUCAUCGACUGGACACGAGAUGAUGAUGCACGCCAUGAUCUCGAACAGAAGUUAUUUCAACGCAGUUUUGAUAGUCUGCUUGCAAUGCCACAAGACUCCAAACAAGAACAACGCGACAAGGUGCUGAACAUGGCCAAUGGGAUGGUCAUCAUCAAGCAGCCCUUCCUUCCGGCUUGGAAAGUGGCCUUGGAGUGGGUCGACGCAGAGGACCUGCAAGAUUGGGAUGUCAACAUUUUUCGCGAGUAUAUCGGCUACUUUCCAGAUGACGGUCUGAGCAAAAUCCUGUGUGGAUUUCUGGACAGCGACUCCUCUCCGUUUCCACCGCUCGAGGUCGAGGACGAUGACGAAGACUCCAAGCCAGAGAAAUUGUCUGACGCUGACCAGCUCAUCUUGAUGAAUGAGGGCUUGGAAGAUUGUCCAGAUACGCACCUAGGACAUCGGAUCAUGGCAUAUACCUACCUCCAUUUCGAGGAUUGGGCUGGCACAGUUGACGUCGCUCGAAAGGCUCAGAGUCUACACAAAGACGCUCAGCAGCGGUAUGCCAUUGACUUGCAGAAUAGUAUCGACGGCAUCAACCUCAUUCUCGCCAAAGCUUUGAUAGCACAUCAAUCACCGCGGCAUCAUCCGGAAGCUCACGACUUGUACAACAACAUACUCCAGCGCAAACCCAAGCUGACUGCGGCUCUGCUCGGCACCGGUCUGAUUUUCGAAGAGGACGAGGACUAUUCUGAAGCAGUCAAAUUUCUGGACCAGGCUGCAGAGCGUGAUCCUGCUAAUAUCAGGAUCAAACUCGAGCUUUCCUGGUGCCGGGCGCAAAGCGGUGAAAUCGAACAUGGCCUGCAUCAGCUACAGGAGAUACUUGAGGUCAUUGAAUCGAACAAAAAGCAGCAGGACUUGUCCAUGAAGUCAAUCGUACUAUAUCGCCUCGCCUGGUGCCUGUGGCACAUGAAUACAUCAGCUGCAGCUCGCAAAGACAAGUCCGGUCCAUAUCAAUAUCUGGUUGCCGCCAUCAAAGCAAAUCCCAAUUAUGCUCCAGCAUAUACUCUGCUUGGAGUGUACUUCCAAGACUAUGGGAAAAGUAAGCAACGAGCAAGAGUCGCAUUGCAGAAGGCAUUUGAAUUGUCCACAUCAGAACUCGAGGCCGCGCAUCGACUCGCAAAAGCUUUUGCCGAUAGUGCCGAAUGGGAUCUCGUUGAACUUGUCGGGCAGCGUGUUGUUGCAUCAGGAAAAGCACGACCUGCGCCUGGCUCGAAGAAGAAGGCGCAUAGCUGGCCAUAUGCCGCUUUGGGCGUGGUUCAAAUGAACAAGCAACAAUACUCCCGAAGCAUAGUAUCUUUCCAGGCAGCACUGCGCAUAUCUCCCGAUGAUUACUACUCAUGGGUCGGGCUGGGCGAGAGUUAUCACAAUGGCGGUCGCCAUGUGGCUGCUACAAGAGCAUUCGCUAAAGCCGAGAGUCUAGACCAUGACCUGCCAUCGGAUGAGACUUGGUUCGCAAAGUACAUGCUUGCUAAUGUCCAACGCGAGAUGGGGUUGUUCGACGAAGCCAUCGUGGCGUACAAAGAUGUCCUGAAACUCAAACCCACCGAGUUUGGUGUGCUCAUUGCUUUGUUGCAAACAUUGUCUGAGAGUGCCUGGGCAAAGGUUGCCCUCGGCAUGUUCGGUGCAGGUGUGAAGCUUGCGACCGAUGCUAUCGAGGUUGCUACACAAAUCGCGCAAAACAACGUGGACUUUUUCAACUUGUGGAAAGCAGUUGGCGACGCUUGCUCUGUUCUUGGAGACGUCAAGCUGCACGGCAAUCUCACAACCCUUCAGCCGGUGUCCGCUCUGCUGCAAAUGUCUCUUGGGAAUGAUCUUGACAACCUCGCAGAACUUGAUAAGGUCACUCUGGACAUGAUCAGCGGGAACGAACAGGAUAACGCCACGGUGUUGGCUGACAGAUGCCUGUUUGCAGCAAUCCUAGCCCAUAAACGAGCAAUUCAUGCUUCGUCGACAGAUCAGCUUGCACAAGCAGUGGCUUGGUACAACCUGGGCUGGGCAGAGUAUCAGGCAUAUGUAUCAGGUGGGCCAUUGGUGAACGGCGUUGGCAAGCAGUCACGAAGAUUCCUCAAAGCAGCCAUCAGAUGCUUCAAGCACGCCAUUGAGCUCGAAGCCAGCAAUCCCGAGUUUUGGAAUGCCCUGGGCGUGGUGACCAUGACGCUCAGCCCCAAGGUCUCUCAGCACUCGUUCGUCCGAAGCUUGCAUCUUAACGAUCACAGCGCCAGGACUUGGACUGACCUUGGAGUACUCUACCUGAUAAAUGGAGAUAAUCAGCUUGCCAAUGAGGCUUUUACUCGAGCCCAGUCGGAGGAUCCAGAAUUCGCUGAUGCUUGGAUUGGACAAGGUUUGCUGGCUUUACUUUUCGGAAGUAUCGGCGAGGCCAGGGGCCUUUUCAUGCAUGCUUUUGAGAUUGCAGACUCUUCCCAACUACCACCUAAACGCCAUUAUGCUGUCUCCGCAUUCGACUAUCUGCUCAAGGAUGCUUCAAGGUCACAGGAGGUUAGCGCACUCUUGCAGCCACUCUUCGCCAUGCGCCAGUUUCACGCACAGAAACCCUCUGACAUGACCGCCACCCAUCUCAUGUCUCUUCUGGCGGAAAGAGUUGGUGACUAUGUGACAAGUGUUGAAAGCCUCCAGAAGGUCUGUUCCGCCGCAGAAGCAGAGUAUGAGAAAUCAGAGUCGGACGAAUAUCUUGUCAAGUUUGCACAAGCCAAUGCGGAUCUGGCUCGGGCACAUCUCGCUUAUGGUCGACCUUCUGAAGCCAUUUCACAUGCAGAAACCGCUCUCGAUCUCUCAGGUGAUGGAGAUGAACUUGGCCCUGCAUACACAGGAGUUCGGCGAAAAUGGCGACUUUCCGCUCACAUUACAGCAGGCCUCGCGCACAGUCACCUACACAAUGUUGAAAAGUCUAUCAAGAUGUUUGAGGCGGCACUCCAAGAGGCUGAAGGCCAGCCGGAUAUUGUGUGCAUGCUUGCGCAGGUUCUGUGGGCCAAAGGUGGCUCAGUGGAAAAGGAGAUGGCCACAUCACAGCUUUUCGAUGUCAUCGAAAACAAUCCUGGACACGUCCAAGCUGUUGCCCUUCUAGCAGUCAUGGGCCUACUGGACAAUGACGAAGAUGUGCUCGAGGCAGCGGAAGAGGAGCUCAAAGCCCUCAGGCGCGGGGAUCAGAUCGGAGUGCCGGACAAGAUUAAGGCUACCAAGAUCCUGGCUGGUAUUGCUGCGUGCAAACCAAAGGCGGCCGAUGCUACAGGGAUUGAUCAGGUCGCUGUGGUUGCAGAUGCUCUCAGUGGGAUCAUGCUCGCACCAUGGCAACCACAAGGCUGGCUCGAGCUCGCACAGGCUGCUCCGGAAGACGAAGAUGGCACAUAUGCAGCUGAGAUGGCUGUACUUAACGCCACCAGACAGAUACCACCAGGUGGGAAGCUUGAGGCGAACGAUCUUGCGAAGGCGUACGAAGGUACUGGUCAGGCGGAUGACCUUCUUAGAGCGAAGAUGCUUGCGCCAUGGCUUUUGGAGGUUGGUGUGGAAGCUUGAUGGAAUUUGGACGCCUUUGAUAUGUUGAGCUUGACAUCUUGUAUGAUCCCAGAGGACAAGGGACUGUCUAUCGGACCAGAUGUGUGAUGAGACGUGUUGGGUAUGGCUGCCGAAGACCUGUCUCAGGUUUCGAUGCUGCAUAGCCUAGGUGUGAGCGUCGUAAGCCAACCAAUGUCGGUACCCGUUCGUUCGAGACUUGUAUGUUGUAAUCGCUGAUCCGCGUUACGUUCCCUCCGACACCAAUGUAGUCAGCGUCUGUUUCCUCCCUU